AUGGAGAACAGGCGCCGUCAUAAGCGUACCUUUACAGGAUAUGGGCCGAAUGAUUUGAAAAAGGAGUUGUCUAAAUGGAGGCCAGAAGUAAUCGAGUUAUGGGAAAAGUGUUCUGUUCCUGAGACGAUAAAUAAGGAAACAUUUCAGAAGUCAUUCAUUCGUCAUGUUAAUACGACUCUGGCGAGGUCAAUUUACAAUGUAGAUAACUUCAGUGCGUAUCAAGCAACAGCACAUGCCGUACGAGAUCGUCUAAUUCAGCGCUGGAACGAAACUCAGCAGAUUCAUACAGAGAGAGAUCAGAAACGCGUUUAUUAUUUGUCACUCGAAUUUCUUCUGGGUAGAUCGUUAGAUAAUGCAUUACUCAACCUCGGACUCAAGGAUUCCUUUGGCGAGGGUGUCAAGGAACUAGGUUUCAAAAUGGAAGACAUAUUAGAUCAAGAAGUUGAUGCUGCUUUGGGUAAUGGCGGUUUGGGUCGUCUGGCCGCUUGCUACAUGGAUUCCUUGGCUACUCUUUGUUAUCCUGCUUGGGGUUAUGGCGUUAGAUAUACCUAUGGUAUUUUCCAGCAAAAAAUUGUAGAUGGUUAUCAAGAUGAAUUCCCAGACUACUGGCUUAAUUUUGAUAAUCCAUGGGAACUUCCCCGCGUAGACAUUGUAGUCGACGUACAGUUUGGUGGUCACGUUAACAAAAUCACGGAAGGUGAUAAAGUUCGUCAUGAAUGGAUUGGCGGAGAAACCGUGCAAGCAGUUGCAUACGAUGUCCCUAUUCCCGGUUACGGAGUGAAGAAUUGUAUUAACAUAAGAUUGUGGAAUAGUAAGCCAAGAAGGAAGUUCGAUUUCGGCAAAUUUAAUGCCGGAGAAUAUGAUCAAGCUGUGCAAGAACAAAUGAAAGCAGAGUUUUUGACCGCGGUGCUUUAUCCUAACGAUAAUCACAUGGUUGGGAAGGAAUUGAGAUUAAAGCAACAAUAUUUUUGGGUUGCUGCUAGCUUGCAUGACAUAGUUCGUCGGUUUAAAAAAUCUCAGCGUGACUGGAAUGAAUUUCCUGAUCAGGUUGCUAUCCAACUUAACGAUACGCAUCCAGCACUUGCUAUUGUUGAACUGCAAAGAAUACUUGUGGAUGAAGAACGUCUUGACUGGGAUGCAGCAUGGGACAUUGUUACCCACACAUUCGCAUUCACUAAUCAUACUGUGUUACCAGAGGCUAUGGAGAAGUGGCCUGUUCCUAUGAUCAGUCAGUUGUUGCCCAGACACAUACAAAUUAUAUUUGAUCUCAAUUUGUUUUUCCUCCAAAGAGUGGAGAAAUUUGCUCCCGGCGAUCGCGAUUUCCUCGCGAGACUGUCAAUCAUUGAGGAAAGCACGCCACAAUACGUUAGAAUGGCUCAUCUCGCAAUAGUCGGCUCUCACCGUGUCAACGGAGUGGCUAAACUACACUCAAAACUUAUCAAGGAAACUAUAUUCAAAGAUUUCGUCAAGUAUUACGGACCAGAUAAAUUUGAAAACAAGACUAACGGGAUUACUCCACGAAGAUGGCUUCACCAAGCAAAUCCAAAACUCAGCGAAUUAAUAACCGAAACUCUUGGCCAUAAAGAUUGGUUGAAAGAUCUAACACUUUUAAAGAAACUCGAAGAAUCUGUUCAUGACAAAGAAUUUAGACGGCGCUGGAUGGCUGUCAAGCACUCGAACAAAGUGAGAUUAGCAGAAUACAUUCGCGAUGUUGUGGAUGUUGACGUUAAUCCAAAUGCUUUAUUUGACGUCCAAGUUAAGAGAAUUCACGAGUACAAACGGCAAUUUAUGAACAUUCUUGGGGUAAUCCAUCGCUAUAACACUAUUAAGAGCAUGUCGCCAGAGCAGAUGCGCGACGUUGUGCCCCGUGUAGUGAUUUUUGGUGGUAAAGCCGCUCCAGGCUAUUACAUAGCCAAACUCGUAAUAAAGCUCAUAAAUAGUGUAGCCAGUGUCGUAAACAAGGAUUCAACCAUUCAAGACCUUUUGAAGGUUAUUUUCAUUCCUGAUUACAACGUCUCCGUAGCAGAAAUAAUCAUUCCUGCCUCGGACAUCUCGCAACAUAUCUCCACGGCUGGCACCGAAGCCUCCGGAACGAGCAACAUGAAGUUUGUUCUUAAUUGUGGAUUAAUUCUUGGAACAGUUGAUGGGGCGAAUAUUGAGAUUCACGAGGAGAUUGGAGACGACAACAUUUUCAUGUUUGGACAUUUGGCUGAGCAAGUGGAUGAUUUGAGAUAUGCACACAGAUACCGUGAUGUCCCAAUGGACCCACAUUUGGAUGCUGUAAUAAAAGACAUCGAAUCAGGAAGCUUCGGUGAAGCGCGUAUCUUUGCCCCAUUGAUCAACACUUUGACAUUUGGAAAAGACUACUAUCUUAUUUCUGAUGACUUUGGAUCGUAUCUGGAUGCCCAGAAGCUCGUUGACGAAGCUUAUAAGAAAGAGAAGGAUUGGGUUAAGAAGAGUAUAUUAUGCACUGCAAACAUGGGCCAGUUUUCUUCGGAUCGCGCCAUUAAGGAGUAUGCCGAAAGCAUUUGGGGAAUUAUCCCAGUAAAAGUAUAG